CACGUCACGUUACGUCACGUCAGAACCAACAGUCUGGUAACUUCUCCGGUGUUCCCAAAGCAACCAAAGCAGCAGGGAAAUGGCCAUUUCAAAGGUAUUCUGAGGAGGAGUGGAGAGUAACCGGUUGGUGGUGAUAACUAACACUCCGGAUGAUAAACAACUCGACGUUAAAGAGAAGAAGAAGCAGCAACAGGAGGUUGAUCUGUGCGGACAUGGCGGACAGGUUCACAGCUCGCAGAUAGACGGAGACCGGAGCUGCUGGAGGAGAAGACGGGACUUUAUGUUAGUGCUGGAUGUAUAACCAGGACUCUCCAGGCCGGUAGCCGUCCAGCCUCUCCGCUGUAGCCGCAUGGCGUCGUCUCCAGCCCGGCUGAGCCAGCAGGCCGUGGCGCUGCUCGACGUUUCUCUCAGAGUUCCUUCUAUCUUUAUCAUCGACGCCAUCUUCAACUCCUACUAUGACCCGGGGUCGGGCUGGGCCGGGGCGGUGGGCAAGGUGCUGCUCAGAGUCACGGGUGUCCUCAUCUCCAGCAUGGUGCUGCUGCUCUCCCAGAAAGCCUUGUUCAAGUUCUACACGCUCUUCUUUGCUGUUCUCCUCGGCAUGGCAGCGGUCCUCAUCAACUACUACGCCACCUCCCACAUAGACUUCUACAGCGCCUACUACAAGGCGGCACUUGGGUUCAGACUGCUGCCCAGAAACGGGCCGACGCUGUGGCUGGGCAUGGCCGCAGUCCAGCUAGUUUUUGGCGUGGGCUACGUGUUCCUUCUCAACCUCCAGUCGGUGUUUGCCGCGCUGGUGGUCCUGGACAUCAUGAUCCCUCUGUGGGGGCUGAUGAUUGAGCUGCCUGCAGACGUCAGGCAGCUGGUGGCCGUGUUCUCGGGCCUGGCGCUGGCUCUCAACACGGCUGUGUGCCUGGCCAUGAGGCUCAAAUGGUUUUACUACUCGUGCCGGUACGUCUACCUGCUCGUACGGCACAUGUACCGGAUCUACGGGCUUCAGCUGCUGCUAGAGGACACGUGGAAGAGAAUCAGAUUCCCUGAUGUGCUGCGGUUGUUCUGGCUGACCCGGGUCACUGCCCAGGCGCUGAUCCUGGUCUACGUGGUGCGGGCGGUGAGAAGGGAGAGCGGAGACGCCACAGGCGGUGGCACAGACGGGAGCUCAGACUCGCAGGGUUACCUGCUGAGCUGGGACGUGUUCUGGGAUCUGACCAGUAACCUGAUCAUCUCCGGAUGUGAUUCCACGCUCACCGUGCUGGGGAUGAGCGCCGUUAUCUCCUCUGUCGCGCACUACCUCGGCCUCAGCAUCCUGGCCUUCAUAGGUUCGACGGAGGAGGAGGACAAGCGUUUAGGCUUCGUAGCGCCUGUUCUGUUCUUCAUCCUGGCUCUGCAGACGGGCCUCAGCAGCCUUGACCCCGAGGAACGCCUGGUCCGUCUGAGCCGGAACAUGUGCCUUCUGCUGACGGCCAUCCUGCACUUCAUCCACGGCAUGACCGACCCCGUCCUCAUGUCCCUGAGCGCCUCCCACGUCUCCUCUGUUCGCCGCCAUUUCCCCGUCCUGCUGGUGUCCCUGGCGCUCUUCGUGCUUCCCGUGGCGCUCAGCUACGCCCUCUGGCACCACUACGCCCUCAACACCUGGCUCUUCGCCGUCACUGCCUUCUGCGUGGAGCUCUGCCUCAAGGUGGUGGUGUCACUGACCGUCUACGGCCUCUUCAUGGUGGAUGGCUUCUCCAACGUCCUGUGGGAGAAGCUGGACGACUACGUCUACUACGUGCGCUCCACAGGCAACAUCAUCGAGUUCCUGUUCGGCGUCAUCAUGUUCGGAAACGGCGCCUACACCAUGAUGUUCGAAUCGGGCAGCAAGAUCCGCGCCUGCAUGAUGUGCCUGCACGCGUACUUCAACAUCUACCUGCAGGCCAAGAACGGCUGGAAGACCUUCAUCAACCGCCGCACGGCCGUCAAGAAGAUCAACUCCCUGCCGGAGAUGCGCGGGGACCAGCUGAGGGACAUCGAGGACGUGUGCGCCAUCUGUUACCAGGAGUUCGCCACCUCGGCCCGCAUCACGCCCUGCCACCACUACUUCCACGCGCUGUGCCUGAGGAAGUGGCUCUACAUCCAGGACACGUGUCCCAUGUGCCAUCAGAGAGUUUACGUAGAGGACGAUAGCCGAGACAGAGACGCCUUUUCGAACAACAACGGGGGCUACGCAGCGCCGCAGGACGUCGCUGCCGCAGCCCCGCCGGCACCGGGGGAAGACCAGCCAGACGCCGAGCUGCCGGCCGAUGGAGCGGCAGCCGGCGUCCAGGCUGCGGGAGGACCAGGGGAGCUCGACAACGAGCUGCUGGAGGACAAUGACAGCAUAGAGUAUGACGAAGACGAGUGGGGGACUCAGAAUGGCAGCACGCCAGUAGAAGAAGACUAUAUCAAUGAUGACACAGACUCCACCGAGGACUGACAGGAAAUGAUCUAUAGAAAAGAAAUAUACAUAUAUCUUUAUUAUAUUUAAGUUAAAAAUAAUUAUAAAACACAACAGCAUCUUAAUUUGUUCUUGAAAAAAUGUCAGGGAUGUCAUUCUCUUGUUUCUUGUUAGUUUCUUUUUGUUUAAGUUUGAGUUUUACUCUAUAAGGGCUCGUGGAAAGAGUAACUGCUGCUCUCGUUCUGUGUGAAUGUGUGAGUGUGUGUGUGUGUGUGUGUGUGUGCGUGCCGGGGCUGCAUGAUGUAGACCAAAAACUCAUACAGUUAUUUUAUUAUCAAUAUCAUUUUAUCCCCAAAUUAUUGGAGAUCUUGAUACAAAUCUUGCUACGUGGGCACGGCUGUCUCUGCACCGUUUAUUAUUUCCCAAUGCCUCAAAGCUGAUACACAUCAGUAAGUUAAAGGGAUAGUUUGGGUGUUUCUCACUGUGGUUGUAUGAGGUACUAAGGGUUAGGGUUAGGGUUCGGUGGUUCCCAAACUUUUUCAUGUCAAGGACCCCUAAAUGGACACAAAUUAGACCACAGAGCCUGAUAGAAUUUGGUCCCAGGGUCCCCUAUCUGAUGUUUUUUUUGCUUUUAGAUGUGUUAUUGCAGAAAGUGUAUAAAACGUAUGAAAUGUUUGUUUUUGCUAUUGUGUGACUUUGGUGAAUUCAAACUAACCAAAGUCAUACAAUAACACUAACUAACUAACCGAUCGAGGCAGCAGUAGAUCAGCAACUCCUGUGGUCUGUGAGGUAAAAUGACUGAUUUUCUCAAUGGAGUCUGGUGGCUUUGGCGAGAGCAGAGAUAUCUUCAAUUAGAUAGCAGAUCAGAUAGCUUCAGAUCCCUGUCGGAAAACAUAGACUGUAUAGUUGUCUGACGGCAAAAUAAACGGGCGAAAAUAUUCUAAAUAUAGCGUACACUUGAACUGAUAUAAAAAAUUUUAAGGGGUCCUGACUUUUAGGUGUCUAAAAUGCGUUUAGCUGCUGCCCCCCGUCCACAGCAGGACAUUACUUUGCUCCCUUGCUGGUACUCCUUUCUGUUUCUCCAAACUCCAUCUGCUGUAGGUAAUACACUGACUAUGGAGAAGUACCUCACACAAUCCCACUUCUAAACACCCAAAUUAUCCCUUUAAUGUGAGAUUUUUUGCAACAUACAGUAUAUAUACAAGUCCGCCUUGUCGAGCACGCAGUGGAAAUGUGUUUUCUUGAGUCACAUCACGACUUCGUUUAGAUUUUGUCACGUGUGCAGCCCCAGUGUGUGAUUGUUAAUGCGUGCCUGUCGACAUGUAAUGUGUUUAGACGAUGUCUUAACGAUGCAGUUCAUGUUCCCUAGCAGUGUGUUACAGGGGAAACGCUGGAGUGGUAGUUAGUUUAUUAACGACAAAACUGUGGAGCGACUAAACAAAUUCAAGCUUUAAUCAGUCUGCAAGUCAGUUUUGGGGAUUUUUGAAGAACGUUUUGAGCGUAAAAACACAUUUUUGUAUGCUUCCGUUUGAAACCUGCUGUCAUUACUUCCUCCAGCUGUUUUUAUUUUUGCCAAAAAUGAUUGGUUAACAGUCUCGGGGGGGUUAACUUCUUUGUCAUGUGUCUGCUCAAAACAUGUCUUGAAAUGUUUAUUUUACUAAACCAGCCUCGAGUGCUCUCAAAUCCCGACUCUCAGAUUGAUCACAGCUCACGUUUGUUGCACAUUUUUGUCCUUAACCAACUCAAACCGAGUGUUUGUGAACAGAGAGAAAGAAGGCAGGAGAGUGAAGCAGUUUUCUAUCAACUCUGCGGCAACCAGAGAAAAACUGAGAGGUGUGUCUGAUUAAAAAAAGUGACUCGCUACUGUAAUCACUGAUAUACCUCUAUCAUUACUUACUACUGGUCUCUUGUGUGACCUCGCUUACAUUUGUGUACGUUAUUGUACAUAUAAUAAAACAAACACGUGCACAUUUUCUCAAUUAGGAUAAGAGAUGAGAGUUUUUUCUUUCAAUAAUGCAAAUUUUCCCAUAAAUCAGUAUUUAGUUUGGUUAAAUUCUUGUCUUAAACCUAGAAACUGUUUGUAAUACGAGCGCUGGUAUUUCCAAAAAAAUGUAGUGGGUGAAAUGAUUAUUUUGUCACAAAAACACAGUAUGAAAAGGUGCCACUUGUUUUGUCUACUAUGGACUUUAAGUACUUUCUUUCCAAAGGAAAAACAAAGUACCAUAAUUUGUUUUACGUGUCGGUUUUUAGUCAUGUUGUAAGAGCAGAUUAUCGUUCAGUAAAUGCACCUUUUUGUUUCUAAUCACUGGUACAGACUGGAGCGUUCUCGUUCUGUCCAACUUGGGCAACAGACGGCGAUGAGCGCUCCUCUCUGAAGGCUCAAACUGUGCUUCUAGUCUCAGGGUCCCUUUUCAGGGCUGGAAGAGUACGUUCAAUAAAUUAAUUCAUUUCCAGACCUAAAAAAAAUCAGCAGAAAAGUCCAUUACAGACAUUUUCUGUUGCAGUUAACAGGUUGCAAAGACACUCAUUUCAUACAAUCUGUGAUUGAGCUACAAGCAGCAGACGUCCUACUGAACACUGAUCCAAAAUCUAAAACUACUAGAACGAAUUAAAUCAUUUAGGAGCCAUGUUUUCACCUUUUCAGACCGUACAGCUCGGCUAAUGCAGAUCCCUACAGUGACUACACAGGUCUUCAUUGUGAAUUUGUAUUUCAAGCACAACUCCUCCGAGUAUUACGUUGUUUAGACUUCCACAGCCUGAACGUCUUAAGGGUUUGACUACAAACUCGUGUUCAUUACUGUUGUAAUUAAGCUGCGAGGAAUCCAUGAAGUUCUUGUUGAUAAUGAGAGAAGAGAGAGAUGGGGUCUAAUUUGAUUAGAAAGCUGUGCUUUUUUGACACGUUUCAGCGAUGAAGGAUUAUUAUUAGUUUGAUUGUUCUGAAAGCUUUUUAAAAGGUAAAAGCUGUUAAUUUUGCCUUUUGUUUUAAAAAGAGAUUUAUGUAAAUAAAAUCAUCUUUGAUAUUG